CUCUUCGUCGUUGCGAGAGAGCCGAGCCAAAUCCGCACCUCGACCCGAUCUGCACGAUUCCUCUCUCGCUCCCCUCAAAUUCACCGCCGCCUCCGUGCCCUAACUCCAACCCCGCCCCGCCCAUGGCGGCCACCGCAGCCUCCUCGGCGGCCGCCGCCGCCGCCGCCGCCGCGGCGAACUCCGAUGACGACGGCAACUACGAGGAGUACAUCCCGGUCGCUAAGCGCAGGGCCAUGGAGGCCGAGCGCCUCCGCCAGCUCCGCCUCUCCAAGCCCGCGCCGCCCUCCGCCCCCUCCCUCCCGCUUCCUCCGCCUCCUCCGCUGCCGACCGCGCCGCCCUCCGCCCCCGACGCCGCCGCCAAGCCCAGCCUCCUCGUCAAGGCCACGCAGCUCAAGCGCGCGGCGCCGGAGGUGACCCCCACGGAGCAGCUCAUCCAACAGGAGAAGGAGAUGAUCGAGAACCUCUCCGAUAAGAAGUCCCUCAUGUCCGUCCGGGAGCUCGCCAAGGGCAUCAUCUACUCCGAACCACUCCAGACGGGGUGGAAACCGCCCCUCCGCCUCCGCCGCAUGCCCCAGGCCAAGGCCGACGAGAUCCGACGGAAGUGGCACAUCCUCGUCGACGGCGACGACAUCCCGCCGCCAGCGCGCGACUUCCGUGAUCUCCGUCUCCCCGAUCCCAUCCUCCGAAAGCUGCGCGAGAGGGGCAUCGUCCAGCCCACUCCCAUCCAGGUGCAGGGGAUGCCGGUUGCGCUCUCAGGGCGUGACAUGAUCGGCAUCGCGUUCACGGGGUCAGGGAAGACUCUCGUGUUCGUGCUGCCCUGCAUCAUGGUGGCGCUGCAGGAGGAAACCGUGAUGCCAAUUGUGCCUGGGGAGGGACCGUUCGGGAUGAUCAUCUGCCCGUCCCGGGAGCUGGCGAAGCAGACCUACGAUGUGAUUGAGCAAUUCCUUGUUCCGCUCAAGGAGGCUGGGUACCCAGAGAUAAGGCAUUUGCUUUGCAUUGGCGGUGUGGACAUGAGGACACAACUGGAUGUGGUGAAGAAGGGUGUACACAUUGUGGUGGCAACGCCUGGUCGGCUCAAGGAUUUGCUUGCCAAGAAGAAGAUGAAUCUUGAUAAUUGCAGGUAUUUAACCUUAGAUGAAGCUGAUAGGUUGGUUGAUUUGGGAUUUGAGGAUGACAUUAGAGAGGUUUUUGACCAUUUCAAGGCACAAAGGCAAACCCUUCUGUUUUCUGCUACUAUGCCCAAGAAGAUUCAAAUCUUCGCAAAGAGUGCCCUUGUGAAACCAGUUAUUGUCAAUGUGGGAAGAGCUGGAGCGGCAAAUCUUGAUGUUAUUCAGGAAGUUGAGUAUGUCAAGGAAGAUGCCAGAAUUAUAUAUCUUCUUGAAUGCCUCCAAAAGACUCCACCUCCUGUUCUUAUCUUCUGUGAAAACAAAGCUGAUGUUGACUACAUUCAUGAGUAUCUUCUUCUAAAGGGGGUGGAAGCUGUUGCAGUCCAUGGAGGAAAAGAUCAAGAGGAAAGAGAGUAUGCAAUCGAGUCCUUCAAGACAGGAAGGAAGGAUGUUUUGGUGGCUACUGAUGUUGCGUCGAAGGGUCUUGAUUUCCCUGAUAUCCAGCAUGUCAUUAACUAUGAUAUGCCUGCCGAAAUAGAGAACUAUGUCCAUAGAAUUGGUCGAACUGGUCGGUGUGGGAAAACUGGCAUAGCAACAACCUUCAUUAACAAGAACCAAACAGAGACUACGCUUCUUGAUCUUAAACACUUGCUUAAGGAGGCAAAGCAAAGAAUACCACCAGUGUUGGCGGAGCUCAAUGAUCCGUUGGAGGAUGAGGAAAUAAUUGCCAAGGAGAGUGGUGUUAAGGGAUGUGCAUAUUGUGGUGGGCUUGGCCAUCGUGUUAGUGACUGUCCAAAGCUGGAGCACCAGAAGUCCAUGGCAAUCGCAGGCUCUAGAAGAGACCACUUUGGCGGUGAUGGCUACCGUGGAGAAAUAUGAUUCCUCUAGUUUCAUAUUUGUGGUUAGUUAUCAGGAGCUGAGAUGCUGCAGCUGCAGUUCAACCAGGUUAGAUACAACACCCGGCCAAAGCUCUCCUCCCAACUCACCGUUCUACUUCUCGUCAUUGAAGCAAGUCAAAUAGUUUGCGUCAUCAAGCUUGCCGUAUGAACUUCUUUUCACAUUGUUUUCAAGUGGUGAUGGCCUGUAAUAUAUUGCUCAUACUCGCUGUACAAUGUGAUCUGAAGACAAUGUCUGACUCUGAGUGGUAUAGUCUUUUGGAUGAGUUUCAGCAAGUGGGAUGUGAUAGACAAUAUUUCCGAAUCUUAUGUAUACUGUAUUCUAUCUUGUAUCUGUUAUGGUAAGUGAUGAGGGCACUUAUGAAUAUAACUUGUAUG